AUGUUGGUAAUCUCCCUUGAUUACCAUCACCACCACAUGUGGGUUGAGCGCCUUCUUGCGGCGCGCCUCGACGCCCCUCCGUCGACGCACAUGCAGCCCACGCUUGAUCAGUGUCAACAGGCUGACAGAAAGCUUUGGCAGCUUCUCGGAGAAGCAACGCGCUCGGGCAUCCAGCUCAAAGCUGGAGGGCGUCCAUUGGACGCCAUCUUCGAAAGCACGUGGCAGACGCCAGAGGUUCUUCAUCUGCUCCAGCCGAUGCCUCGGGCAGCAGGAGCUCCGGCUUCGCAGCAAGUGGCGCCACCGCCCAAGCCGCACGGGCCAGGCCCGUAUGAUCGUCCAGGCAAGGGCCGAAAGGGCACAGGGAAGGGUGCCAAGGGCACCAAAGGCGGUGGGAAAGAUUGCACAUCUGCGCAUGGCCGCGGUGCGGCAAAUCGCAUCCCGCAUUGGAACACGCUAUCGGAUUUUCACAAAGAUUCUGGCAACGAAAGGGGUUCGCUGAACCACACCUUCACGGUUGGCACUUUCGCUGGCGGCCAACUCUGGCUUGAAGAUGCCGGUGGCACUUCCGAGGCGAGAGGUGGGUCGUCACACUUUACACUCUUUCAGGAGGCCGGGUACACAGCCGUGCCAAUCGAUUGGCAUCACAACAAACAACGGACGUGUGUGCACACUUUGCAGCUUGACUUGCGCCUCGCCAGCACAUGGUCUUUCCUGCGGCGCAUUUGCUCAGAGUACCGCGUCGUCUGGAUCCACAUGGCUCCUCCGUGCGGCAAUGCCAGCCGGGCGCGGGAAUGCGGGCCCGGCCCUAAGCCACUGCGUUCGCUUCGUCAUGUGCGUGGGCUCCCCGGCCUUCCUCCGGUGGAGCAGGCACGUGUGGACAGUGCCAAUACCAUAUAUGACAACAUGCAAGCCUUUUGUGAAUGGUUGCUUGAUGCCAUGCCGCACGUCCCCUUCUCCGUUGAAAACCCGUUGCAUAGUUACCUGUGGCAGCUCCCGAAAUGGGCCGAGCUGGUUUCAAAGCACUCCUUCGUGUCAUUUGAUUCGUGCCUCCACGGGUCGCAACGCAAAAAGGCCACGGCCCUUCUGACAAACUCCGAGCUUUUGCACUGCCUCUCAGGGCCCUGUCCGGGCUGCUCUUCGCAUUUGCCGUGGGGCAAGCAGGGCCGUUCUUUUGCGACCGCUGAUGAGACGGGCUACCCCAAGCUUCUUCGUGAAAGGAUCGUCUCCUGCGUAGAUACAUCAGCAACAGCACGCGGCAUUGCGCCUGACCGCCUGGCUGUCUCCAAGGUCUCCGCGGCACGUGCCGCAGGUCAGGUGCAGCCUCGCGGCAGAAAGUUUCCGCCGAUCAUUUCUGAGUUUGCUUACACCGUGUCAGUUGGCAGUGCUGCGGCUCCUACUCUCAAUUCCAAGCACUGCCUUGUCUCUGCUUGGCAGGGCGUCCCUGCCGGCGCCAAGCUACUCCGGGAGUCAGUUGAGAGGGGAGGUUCGCGACUCCCAGAGGGCAGCAGGUUUUACAUUUUUGGCGUGUAUCGAACCAUGCAAGCUUUCUUGAACGAGGCAAAGUUAGUUGUGCAUCCCUUUGAUUCUGCCAGAUCACUUCCAGACGAACUUCUGCGAGUCUUGUUCGACACCCUCACGAAGAGCCCGGUCGACACGAUGAGGCACCGCCUUCUGAAGCUACAGCAGUGGCGCGCCCUCGCCAAGCAGCUUGAACCCGAAGAGGAGAAAAUAAGGGCGGCGAUGGACCCUUGUGUGCGGAAGGUCCUCGGCCGUAAACGCAUCGCACUCAUGAAGAGGAUCGCCGAUGACUUGUCGUGGCCUGACGCUACUCUCUUCGAUGACCUUGCUGCCGGUUUUAGGCUUACGGGUUACUUAGGGCGUACGGGGGUCUUCGCUAGUGACGUUAAGCCUGCCACGAUGGACCUUGACGAAUUCUGGGCAAGUGCUCCCCUUCGGAGGGAAACCCUGCUUGAAAAGGUCAAGGCUCAGAAGGACCAUGAUUACGCCGAGGAGCUCUGGAACAUGACGCUUGAAGAGUCAAACACUUCCGGGAAGUGCUGGCUUGACGGCCCGAUCGAUGUUGAUUCCCUGGGGGACUCCUUUCCUGAAGGUUGGAACUUCUGCAGGCGUUUUGCAGUGUGGCAGGGCAAGUGGCGUGCGAUCGACGACUUCUCGGAAGCCGCUGUGAACGCAUGCUUCGGGUGUUUCGAGCGUGUCACUCUCAAGGCCCUUGAUGAGAUCUGCUGGCUGUGCAUGCAGGUUUGCCGUGCGGCGAAAUCGUCGGGCUUCUUAGAUUUCGAGCUAAGCACGGGUGAGAGACUCAAGGGGCGCCUCCAUACGGCUUGGAAUGACCCCGACCGUGUCCGUCCUCACUGCAAGACUUAUGACCUUCAGGCAGCGUACAAACAACUCGCAUUGCACCCGAGCGAGAGGUCGAAGUCCAUUAUCCUGCUCAGGGAGCCCGGCUCCCAGGCCGUCAAGGCCUUUGUGUGCAACACUCUUCCUUUCGGAGCCUCUGCUUCAGUCAUGCAGUUCAACAGGGUGGCAUUGUUCCUGCAGAGAGUUCUUUGGGACUUGAGGGUGGCUGUGACUUGCUACUACGACGAUUUCCCGACUAUGACCCCCGCGUUCUUGUCGGGCGGGACAGACAAUGCGGUUCAUGCCCUCAUGGACUUGUUCGGCUUCUCCUUGUCCGAGAAAGAGAAGCCGUUCUCGUGCACUGCGGAAACUUUGGGUGUUGUGCUUGAUACCUCUGAUCCUGACAUGGGUCGAAUCUUUGUAUCGAACAAGCCUGACCGGGCUACCAUGCUCGAGCAGUCCGUAGGCCGCAUCCUUGAACAGGGCCAGGUGGACACGAGAGAGCUGCCCUCCCUCCUUGGCAAGCUUCGCUUCGCAGAUGCCCAGCUGCUCGGUCGCACGGGGCGUCUGGCCCUGGCUGACCUCAGGCUCUUUGGUGACAAAGGGGGCGUCGUGACCUUGACCGACUCUCAGUCGAAUGCCUUGGCUGUCUUGAGGGCCAGACUUCUUGCGAGCAGGCCGCGUGCCAUUGUUACGAGCCCUGCUUCGAAUCCUGUCCUCAUCUUCACAGAUGGCGCAUGCGACCCCUGUGAGGGCGGCUUUAGCACUGGUGUUGGGGGGGUCCUCUUUAUCCCCGGCCAGGGGGUGGCGAGGGCUUUCGGCUGCAGGGUUCCGAGCAAGCUUGUCAAGCAAUGGGCCGAGGGUAGGAAACACAUUAUAGGGCAAGUCGAGCUUUACGCGGUCGUGCUCGCCAGGAUCUUGUGGUCGAGUUACAUCGACGGCGAAAGAUGCAUAUUUUUCGUUGACCAUUCCGGUGUUUUGAGUGCUUGCAUCAACUCGAACUCGAUCGACGCAUCUUGGAGGAGCCUUCUCCUCCACCUGGAGGCUGCCGAUGAAGCACGCCCGUGCUUGCCUUGGUUUCAUCGCGUUCCAAGCCAGAGUAACAUCGCGGACCCGCCAUCGAGAGGCAGAUGGGAUGAGCUGGCAUUCCUCGGUCCUGUCACUCGUGACGUGCCGACCUGCUUUGUCACAGGUGCGACUCUUGAAGCAACGUAA